AUGGAUGUCUUCGCUUUCAAUGGUCAUUUCUCUAUCUCCAUGUGUAAAGAUAUUGCCGGAAUCGCUGGUAACAUAUUUGCAUUUGGGCUCUUUGUUUCACCAAUGCCAACGUUUAGAAGAAUCAUGAGGAACAGAUCGACGGAGCAAUUCUCGGGUUUACCAUACAUUUACGCUCUCUUAAACUGCUUGAUCUGUCUUUGGUACGGCGCGCCUUUCAUAUCGCACAGCAAUGUCAUGCUUAUGACUGUGAAUUCUGUUGGAGCCACUUUUCAGCUUUGUUACAUUAUCCUCUUCAUUAUGCAUACAGACAAGAAGAACAAGAUGAGGAUGCUUGGUUUGAUUCUUGUGGUGUUUGCUGUGGUUGGAGUGAUUGUAGCUGGAAGUUUACAGAUACCUGACAGGCUCACACGAUGGUACUUUGUCGGGUUUUUAAGUUGCGGUUCUCUUGUCUCGAUGUUCGCAUCGCCCUUGUUUAUUAUCAACUUAGUGAUACGGACUAAGAGCGUUGAGUUUAUGCCGUUUUAUCUCUCUUUAUCGACUUUCUUGAUGAGCGGUUCUUUCCUUCUUUACGGGUUAUUCAACAAUGAUGCCUUUGUUUAUACACCGAAUGGGAUAGGAACGGUUCUUGGUAUUGUGCAGCUGUCUUUGUACUGUUACUACCAAAGGAAUUCUAUAGCGCAAGAAACAAAGGAGCCUCUGAUUGUUUCGUAUGUGUGA